ACGCAGUGCCGUAAUUACAGUUGUUUUGAUUUCACAGCCGUUUUUUUUUUUUUUUUUUGGGAAGAAUUUAAGCUCAAAAUGAAGAUGCUGAAGUUGGAGCUGGACGACCCCAUCAGCCGCUUUCGAUUGGCGCAGUCGUGUGUGGGGUUGGCGGGCUGCCUGUGCGUCUCCUACGCCAUUUGGACUCCAUUCUGGCUGGACAACCGGGGACUAUGGACAGCGCAGGGGAAUAACACCAAAACUGACCUGAUUAAAAGCAGAGAUGGCACCGUGUUCAAUGCUUUAGAGGUGGAGCGGGUCUUUGCGGUGCUUUCCUUCCUGAUGGCUGUGAGCACUGGGGGCCUGUGCUUGGUGUUCGCCCUCUGCUGGACAUCAGAGACAGUGCGCUCUUACUCCAACACUCGCUCUCUGCUGAUGGCGGGUCAGGCUCUGUACCCGACCACACUGCUGCUGCUCACCAUGAUCUGCACAGGUUUCUUCUUCCUCUUCAGCUGGUCGUUGUUCACCUUCCACCAUCGAGCGGAGAUCCGUGAGAACCUCUCGACCCUGGGCUCUUCGUACUGGAUCGGGGCUCUGGGCUGGUUCCUUCUCAUGGUUGUGGAGACUAUCGUGUUUCUGGCUGAACAGAUAGUCGUACCGGACAUAAUUCCUGAUUUGGAGAAGUCGGUGGAGGAGUGGCGUUGUGCGUCCCAGUUCAGGUCAAACCAGCGCUCUUUCAGUGAUGGUUAUUUCCCUCGCGCCAAGAGCAGCCUCAUCCCAAAGAGAUACAUGUCAGAUCCGUGAAUGAACGCAAGGAAACAGACUGUGUGCUGAAGAAAUGUGAAGACGUCUCCUCCGUAGGAAAGCAGGUCUUUCUUAUCGCUGUGAGGAGCAGACUGAAGAGCGGUGAAAUGGUUUAUGGCUCUGGACGCAGGCGCUGGAAGUGACUGACAGCUGGUCCGAGGCCUCCUACACGGAAAAACUGUCCCUCCUCUCUCAUUUUGGACUUAAAAUGUUCAAAUUUAACAUGAUCCUGGUGUUUUUAUUUCACUAUUUUCUGAGUGAUUCAAGAUAUGAACAUUAAUAACAGACAAAUCCGGUGCCUUCUUUCCCUGAAGUUGCUCCCGCUAGCGUUAGCAACAGGUUUGAUUGACAGCGUUGCUAAGUGCCUGCUCCCUGUUAAACCAGCGGUGCAGGCGGGAGACGAGGCGUUACCUUAAACAGCCUCGCUCCGGAUUGGCUCUUUGGUUGCUAUGAUACCAAAGUAGCCUCUGUAACUGCUCUAGCCUCGAUGAGCUUCAUUUGACUGGAGCCAAACGCUACGGGUGACAUCACACUGACUUAGUCCACUUUUUUGACUGGGAUC